GGCCACUAAAGAAGCCUUUAAAAACUCUGACAGACAGACGGGAUUUGUGUUCUGGGUCCCCUUCUAAUUGGUCAGUGCGGGACCCCUCGCAUAUGUUGAGUGUUUUAGCUCAGCCCACUUUCUCGUGAGUGUCCGAAAUGGUUCUCGCUGCCUCCCUCACUCCUCCUCACCCUGCCUCACCCCUGUGCUCAGUGCGCCAGACUGAGUUCAGCCCCUUCGGCUGGAGGCUCGGGUUUAUCUGGGAGCAAAGAGAAAGCCACUCAGGAGCUGCGCGCCGUGAGGUGAAGGGAAGGCUCCGUCGCGGACGCUGUGGGGGAGCGAGACAGGACCGGGAACCAGGGAUUUGACCUUUUUGCGCAUCAACUCGGGUUUGUGAGGGAGAGCGGGGAGCCAUGGCGGUGAUCUCUGCUGUUUGGGUGCUCGUACUGUGCCAGCUUUUGACAUCAUCCUUAGCCCAGAGGCCGGGACCCAGAGGAGCCCCAGGGCCACAAGGACCCCCAGGGCUGCCUGGAAGGGAUGGCACUGACGGCAAACCUGGACCUGCUGGACUGGCAGGGAAAGCAGGUCCUAAAGGGAAAGCAGGAAUACCAGGGGCACCAGGAAAACCAGGCCUGCCAGGACUUCCAGGGGUGGACGGUUUGACAGGUCCUGAUGGUCCUGCUGGGAAGGACGGACCCGCAGGGGAACCAGGUGAUCCUGGACCCCCUGGGCCACCUGGACCUGCUGGCAGAGGGAGACCAGGAGCUGCAGGGCUUCCUGGAACCGACGGGUUGCCAGGCGGAGUCGGACCCCAGGGUCCAGCGGGUGCUGAGGGACUUCCAGGACUUCCAGGACCUCCCGGCCCUGAUGGACCACCAGGUCUUCCUGGUACACUUCAUGAUCUCAGCGGCGACCUUUUGUGUCCUGCCAUCUGCCCCCCUGGUCCCUCUGGUGCUCCUGGGAUGCCAGGGUUCAAGGGUCACACAGGGCACAAAGGAGAUAAGGGAGAGCUUGGAAAAGAUGGCGAGAAGGGUGACGCUGGUCCACCUGGACCACCAGGUAUUCCUGGUACCGUGGGUCUGCAGGGCCCACGUGGUCUCAGAGGUUUACAAGGCCCAAUGGGAUCUGUAGGAGACAGAGGCCUGCCUGGUUUCAGAGGCAAACCUGGCAUCGCUGGCGUCAUUGGGAAGACAGGUGACGCUGGAGAAAAAGGACCACAGGGAUUCAAAGGACCCAAAGGAGAAAUUGGUAAAAUUGGUCCCAAAGGUGGUCCUGGGGGUGCAGGACCCAAAGGAGAGCCUGGUAUUCCUGGCAGAGACGGCAAAGAUGGCACACCAGGAUUAGAUGGCGAGAAGGGUGAUGCUGGACGCCAUGGGGUGGUCGGAGAGAAAGGACCAAACGGCCUUCCUGGUCUGCAAGGAAAGGCUGGCUCAAAGGGGUCCAAAGGAGAAGUUGGUGAUCCGGGGAAGCCUGGGGAGACGGGGCCCUCUGGAGAGCCAGGUAUUCCUGGUGACAUUGGCAUCCCAGGAGAGAGGGGGAUCGCAGGACCCAGAGGAGUGGCAGGAGGCAUUGGACCAGCGGGUAACCCAGGGCCUCAGGGAGUGAAGGGCUUCCAGGGGGUUAAAGGAGCCUUGGGGGAUCCAGGUCUUCCAGGUCCAACAGGAAUUCGUGGAGAGUUCGGUGAAAGGGGUCCAGUCGGAGCUUCUGGAGCUAAAGGAGACAUGGGUGUGGCAGGAAGUGAUGGUUUACCAGGAGAGAACGGAGAGCCUGGUCCUUUCGGCCCAGUUGGACAAAAAGGACAGCCAGGGAAGCGGGGUGAGCUGGGACCUAAGGGAGUGACAGGCCCACAAGGAGAGCUUGGGGCAAGAGGGCCCCCAGGAAAACAAGGACCAAUGGGCUUCCAAGGAGAGCAGGGUCAGCCUGGAAUUGCAGGAAAGUCAGGUGUACCUGGUAAACUGGCCAGUGAGCAGCACAUCAGAGAGCUGUGUGGCUCAAUGAUCGAUGAUCAGAUUGCACAGCUGGCCGCUAACCUUCGAAGACCUCUGGCCCCUGGAAUGGUGGGUCGCCCUGGACCUGCUGGGCCUUCAGGAAAACCUGGAGUUGCUGGUUCUAUUGGGCAUCCAGGUGCUCGUGGACCACCAGGAUACAGAGGCCUGCCAGGAGAACUUGGAGACCCAGGUCCCAGAGGUGAUGUUGGUGAGCAAGGUGAUAAGGGAUCCACUGGUAAAGCUAUUGAUGGGCCCACUGGAGACCAAGGAUACCAAGGUCUUCCAGGAGUACCUGGAAUUGUCAAAGAUGGGCGUGAUGGAUCUCCAGGAGAUCCAGGAGAGCCUGGAGAGCCAGGCAGGGUAGGUAGGACUGGACACCAGGGACCUCCUGGAAUCUGUGAUACAUCAGCCUGCCAGGGAGCACAGGCCGCUGGAAAAUCCUCCAACCCCAAAAAUCAUUAAACAUGACUUCCUUCCACCUGAUGCCAUCCACCCCUUGGAGGAAGGGUGAAAGAAUGGAAUGAAAGAAGAGAGUGAUCACGAAUGUCCUCUUUAUUUAAGCUGGAGAAGAGUAACAUCAACAGGUGUGAUAUCUUGAGAGGACUAGAGGAACAUCCAAGGAUUGACAUGAAUACCAGAGCAACUGAGAGACAAAAUCAUCAAGAUCACAUCCAGAAUUAAAGUGGACAGAAGAGUCCAUAUGAACAGUAUCACAUAACAAGACUUGACUUACAAACAACUGGAAAAUGAAUGAGUCCUUUGUGUAUAAAAACUUUGUACAUGUUGUUUCGUGCCCCCGUUACCUUCGUUAACAUCCUUCUAAAAACAACAGUGACCAUCUCUGAAGUGAAUGUGCAUGUAUCUUGGCCCGUUAAUGUAAAUCACAGGUGUUACCUCAAUAUACAAGCUUACAGUGUAAAAUAUGAAAACAGGCGUCAGAAGCCAAAAGCUGUGUAUGUAUUAUAAAAGGAAUAAAAACAAAAAUACCCAGGUGCCCAGAAAUUGUGUAGAUUAAUGCAAAAAUGUUUUGAUAGUCUCUUUUUUACAGCUUGUUUUUUUUGUUUGUUUUUUUAAUUACACGUGAAGUUGAUUCUCUACUUGUGAGAACCAAAACAAAAUAAAACUUGUGCGUGCAUAAAUCAGUUAUUGUUAAAUCAAUUUCAGAACCUUAGGAACAAAGUUUUUUUUUUUCUUUUUUCUUUUAAAUCUGAAAUUACAUCAUCCACUAUGUAAUACCGGUGCUGUAUCUAUUAAAUAUACAUGACCUUAAAUACUAUUUAUUAUUUGUGGGUGACUGUUGUAUGUACAGUAAGAUGCUACAGCGACAUGUUGUAAGAAAGAACAAAUAAAGCCACUUUUCAGUAAAACUUUA